AAUAGCAAAUUGAUUAUUGCGGGCCUAGGAAGCAACGCAACCCAACCCAAGUAGCAGGAUUUCCAUUUUCCCUCGCUUCCCAGUGAUACGUUAUUCUUAACGUUCAAACUUGGAAUCUUCUCCCUCUGUUUUUUCCCUCAAAAAUAUGAUGCUCUGCUGAAAAAGCUAUUACACGUUUCUUCUUCUUCUUCUUCUUCGAGAUGGUCCUUGGAGCUGCUAACGGCCUCGUCUGGAUGGAUGGAGAAGGAGAAGAGGAAGAGGAUGCAGUUUCUUCUUGGACCCCAAACAUCAAUAAUCAAAUUCAGUCUAAACAAGACGACUUCACCAUGCCCUUCAAAUCCGUGCUCGACGCUUAUUGGUACAUGAACCCAGCUAUGAACCAGGAUCCUCAUAUCCGUGAGCUUGGUUUCGUUGAUAAUAAUCUCCUCCUUCACCACCCACUUGAUUCCUCUGCUUCUUGUUCUCCCUCACAGCCCUUCACCCUUGAACCUCACCCUUUCUUGCCCCCUAAGCCUUGCUUCUCUUCUCUCCUCUGCAACAGCCCCUUUGAUUUUGCCUCCGAAACUGCUUUUCAGCCGAAUCAGACCCCCAAUUUUAUGGGUUUUCCUCCCACUCAAUUCUCUACUCCUGACUUCAGCUCCAGCUCCGACUUUCAAGGUCCAAGGUUGUUCACUGCAACUGAAAAUGCUUCUGCUUUCAGUGGUGGUUUUGAGGGCGUCGAUGCAUCAGGGAAUGCUGUCUUUGUGAACAGAGCAAAGAUUUUGAAGCCCCUUGAAGUUUUCCCUUCAGUUGGUUCUCAACCAACUUUGUUUCAGAAGCGAGCAGCGAUGCGUCAGGGCUCUGGUGUGGCUGAUGAACGGCGGAAUUUGGAUGUUUCAGACGGGAAGAGGCAGAGGCAUGAGCAAGGGGAGAUUGAGGAAGCCAGCUUCGAUGUAUCGGGUUUGAACUAUGAUUCUGAUGAUUGCAAGCUGGAGGAGAAGGCCAAGAACGGUGGUUGCAAUUCAAAUGCGACUAGUACACUCACCGCUGGUGGGGAUCACAAGGGUAAGAAGAAAGGAAUGCCAGCCAAAAAUUUGAUGGCCGAAAGGCGGAGGAGGAAGAAGCUCAAUGAUAGACUUUACAUGCUGAGGUCUGUUGUGCCUAAGAUUAGCAAGAUGGAUAGGGCUUCAAUACUCGGGGACGCCAUUGAUUACUUAAAGGAGCUUCUGCAAAGAAUCAACGAUCUUCACACUGAACUCGAAUCCACCCCACCUGGCUCUUUUAUGCCACCAUCUUCGAGUUGCCACCCGUUGACGCCUACCCCACCUACUCUUCCAGGUCGAGUCAAGGAAGAACUAUGUCCCAGCUCAUUCUCGAGUCCUAAAAACCAACCUCCAAAGGUGGAGGUAAGAUUAAGGGAAGGAAGGGCUGUCAACAUUCACAUGUUUUGUGCUCGCAGGCCAGGUCUCUUGCUCUCCACCAUGAGAGCUCUAGACAACCUUGGAUUGGACAUACAUCAAGCUGUAAUCAGCUGUUUUAAUGGGUUUGCACUGGAUGUUUUCCGAGCUGAGUUUAGUUUCGGAUCUGGUGAUGCUGAACAAAGACAAUAUGAAAAUUGGGAAUUUGGAGCUAUGCGAGUACCACAAUUGUAGCUUUGUUAAACAAGCAUUACAGUACAAGCUAAUCUGGAAGUCUGCAUAUCAUCUAAAAAACAGAAAAGUUGUAAGGUGUUUGGUUUGUUGGUGGAUAUUAAUAUUUGGAAGAAGAAUUCAGUAAUUUUGAUUUGGUGUUUGACAAAUGACAGCAAUGCAGAGAAGGCCAGGAUGUAUUGCCUGAGCAAAUCAAAGCAGUACUUUUGGAUUCAGCAGGGUUCCAUGGUAUAAUGUGAGGGUGAAUGGUUGGCUUAUUAUGAUAGUAUUGGUAUGAACAGAGGCAAUAGUAAAUGUUGAUGUAAAGUAAUUAGUUGCUUCUCAUCCCAGUGGUGAAGCAAAUUUUACAAGGUAGUGAGCUUUGUAGGUGGCGCAAGCAAGUAGGCAAACAAUUGAUUUCUUAGUUGUUGUAUCACUUGAGAAUGAAGUUGAUUCUGAUGGAGGUUUUUAUUUAUUA